AUGGCGUCAGCACCCGCCUCAACGGCGAAGGCUCUGCUGUUUUCGCCUGAGGAAAUUCGUGAGUUGGCGCUUCGCGUUCCAACACCGUUUCACGUGUACGACGCGGAGACGAUCCGCAGGCGGUGCACGGAUUUGUCCACGGCGUUUUCGUGGGUCAAGGAGAGAUCUGGUUUUUUUCGCAAUUUCUUCGCAGUGAAGGCUCUUCCGAAUCCGCACGUCCUCGCGCUUCUCGCGCAGCUGCCCUCCAUGGGCGUCGACUGCAGUUCGCUGCCUGAAUUGGUGUUGUCAGCCGCAGCCGGCUUCGAGGGCGAGCGGAUUUUCUUCACGUCGAACAACACGCCGCUGGAGGAGUUCCGCGAGGCGAAGCGACUCGGCGCGGUGAUCAACUUGGACGACCUGAGUCACCUCUUUUUUCUCGAGGAGAGACUCGGACUGCCUGCGGUGCUCGCCUUCCGGUUCAACCCCGGGAAGAGCCGCCAGGGCAGCGUGUUCAUCGGCGAGCCCGAAGACGCCAAAUACGGCCUCACGGAGGGGCAGAUCCUGCAGGGGCUCAAAUACGCGAAGGAAAAAGGCGUCACGCGUUUCUUUCUCCACACCAUGGUCGCCAGCAAUUGCCUCGACUCCGCCGAGCUCGUCAAAACAGCCGCCAUGAUGUUCUCGCUCGCAGUCAAAGUCAAGCAGGAACUCGACAUCGACAUCGAGCUCCUCAACCUGGGCGGAGGAUUCGGCAUCCCCUACAGACCCGAGCAAGCGCCGCUGAACCUGACCGACAUCUCCGCAGGCAUCCGCGACGCCUACGAAACCACACUCGAGGCCAACGGCCUGGGAAAGACGAAAGUCGCCUUCGAAUGCGGACGAUUCAUCACAGGCCCCGCUGGGCAGCUCAUCACGCGAGUCAUCCACCAGAAAAAAACCUACAAAAACUACAUCGGCGUCGAUGCAUGCAUGGCGGACUUGAUGCGCCCCGGUAUGUAUGGCGCGUACCACCACAUCACAGUCGUCGCAGAUCGCGACGCUGAGCGAGCGGACCUCCCGACGGCCCGAAACCUCUUCGCAGACGCCGACGCAGCCGACGGCCUGCAGAAGGGAGUCUACGACGUGGUUGGCGGCUUGUGUGAGAACAACGACAAAUUCGCCAUCGGACGCGAACUGGGAGAGGUUCACAUCGGCGACCUCCUCGUCAUUCACGACACAGGCGCACACGGCCACUGCAUGGGUUUCAACUACAACGGCAAACUGCGAUCAGCGGAGUUUCUGCGCACAGGCGCAGGCAGCUACAAAGAGAUUCGCAGGCGAGAGGCGCUGAGCGACCUCUUUGCCACGCUGGAUUUCCCGGCGCUGACCGCUCUCUUGCGCGAGGCAGACGAGAAGGCGAAUGGCGAGCGCCCGCCGAAGCGCUCUCGAGGUCAUGACUGA